GGCACAACAAAAUAUAUUUUGUAUUAUACCAAGUUAUUUUCUUCCGAUAACUUUGGAUUUGGAUUUGGACAAAGUCCUUUUAUUGUCAACAAUUGUUCAUGGAGUGAUUGCUAUAUUACUGACAACAAAUUGUUAUUACCUGAAAUAACAGAUUUUGAUAUGUUAAUAUUCCACUCAGCAAAUAUUAAAGAUGAUCAGGUAGGUGAAUUCGAACUCGGCCAAUGUUUAUCUGGUAUGCUGGAACCCCUAGCAUGUCUUGCCGCGGUGCUUGGUCUAGAAAUUGUACAGAUCCACGAGAGUCCUGCAGUGUACAGAAGUCCAGAACAGUUGUAUGUAUACUUCAGCCAUGAGUCUCCUAUUUAUGAUAAUCUGAAUGGAUUUGAAAACCGGUUCCAAUCAUUCUUUAACUUAACAAUGACUUAUCGAAGAGACUCAGAUUUUGUUGUGCCAUAUGGAGAAACAAUUCGUAGAAAAAAACCUGAAGAAUCUGAAGGAAAAAUAAAUCUAAAAGAAAUGAAUGCCAGCAGAAUAGAUGAUAGAAAAAUGAUAGCCUGGGUAGUUUCUCACUGUCAAACAAAUUCACAGAGGGAAAAAUAUGUGGAGGAAUUGCGAAAAUGGAUUCCUGUAGAUCAAUAUGGUAAAUGCUCUGAAAAUGAAUGUGAUGAUAAUUGUUAUGGCAAUCUCGGAGCUCAGUACAAAUUCUACCUUUCGUUUGAAAAUUCCCUUUGCAAGGAUUAUAUCACAGAAAAGUUCUGGAACGCUUUAGGAAUAAUAUUUGAAUUAUUUCUUUUUACUGCAGGGGCCGGAGACUAUAAUAAUGCAGCACCUCCAAACUCAUUUAUAAACACUCAGGAUUUUAAAUCUCCUAAAGAAUUGGCGCAUUAUCUUCUAAAACUGGAUAAAAACGUAGAGGAAUAUAAUAAAUAUCUAGACUGGAAGACGACGUAUGCAAUUAAAUCAAACCUUUUCCCAACAAUUGGAGAGAAGUUAUGUGAAUUAUGCGCAAGAGUACAUAAACAAGAAAAUAAAGUUUAUUCAAAUUUCGGAGACUGGUGGGAGAAAGAUGUAUGCUCGAGUCCUACUUGGAAUGAAGACGACAGCUGAGUGGAAGCAAAUAUUUUUGGAUACAAUUUGAAUAUUAGAUGAGUCACAAAGAAUUUGAAGCUAAGAGGUCCCUGUUCUCCCCUAUCAAAUCCACCUUCCCUGCCAAAACCAUUCACCACCAGAAUACCAGAAUGUUUUUUCUUAUCUUUUUUUAGAGCAACAGGGGAGCUGAUACGAAAACAGCUACAGCUAUAUAUAGCAGUUCUCCAGAUGAAAAACAUAAACUAAUUAAUCUACCCUUGUAAUAAUGACCUAUCUCAUUUAAUGUUAUGUUUUUGUCUUAAUAAAAAAAAUUUGAUUUUGA